AGCCCGGUUCCCACCGGGCCCGUCACCCGUCAAAACGGGCCCGUCGCCGUCCCCCGCCGUUUUCGAGGCCGUUUUCACACCUUCAUGGGAAGUUGAAUAUGGCAGCCAUGAAACGGGUCAUAUGGUAGCAGCUGCCGAGACAGAAACGGUGCGCAUAGUUCACUCUAUGCGCAGUUAAUAUUUACAUCUGCCAGUGUUGAUACUUCAUAGGAAGAGCUAUGUUGAUGUAGAUUGGAUCGUUUCAUUGUGAGGUUGCGUUUUUUUUUUUCAAAGAUAGAAGGACGAGGAAUUGAUAUGAAUAUCGAACAAGACGAAGAGGAAGAGUUGUUGCUGGCAUUAUUAUUGCAAGAAGAACAGGAGCCAGAACGUCGCCGCAGAAUGUGGGUGCGUCAACCUGUGUUGCGCAGGCAGGAGAUGGGCGAGUUUCGAGCUUUGAUGGCCCAGGAGCGUGAAAAUGGAAGUGCUUUUCAUAACGCAUAUCGCAUGUCACCGGAGGCCUUCGAUGAGUUGACUGUACAGCUGGAGCCUGCCCUGCGACGUCAGGACACCAACUUUCGAUUGGCCAUCACCCCAGCGGAGAAGCUAGCCCUUACCAUAAGGUACCUAGCUUCUGGCAUGUCCCAGAAAGAUGUAGCUCGCUUCUUCAGGCUGGGUCGAGCUACAGUGUCCAAGGCUAUACCAGAAGUCUGCCAGGCCAUCUGGAACAUCAUUGGGCCCAUCGAGCUGCCUCCUCUGACUGAAGAAAGCUGGCUGGAAGAUGCUGCCGAGUUCGAACGGAGGUGGAACUUCCCUCAUUGUCUAGGAGCCAUUGACGGCAAGCACAUCGCCAUUCAGAAGCCGGGCCUGUCGGGCUCAGCCUUCUACAACUAUAAGGGAGGUUGCAGCGUGCUGCUGAUGGCGGUGGCCGACGCCGACUACCGCUUCAAGUAUGUCCACGUCGGCGCCUUCGGCAGGGAGCACGAUAGCACCGUGUUCAACCGUUGCGGCUUCGGCCAAAGGCUGGCUAGGAGUGAGCUGAACCUGCCGGUUGCGCCAGAAGGGGAUUUGCCUAACUGUUUUGUAGGUGAUGAGGCCUUCCCGCUGCGGGAGACCAUCAUGCGGCCGUACCCCGGGAGGGCCCUUGAUGAGGGGGAUGAUGCACAGCAGACGCGUCGCAAAGUGUAUAAUUACAGACUAAGCAGAGCUCGACGUGUAGUGGAAAAUGCUUUUGGCAUUUUAGUAACAAAGUGGAGGAUUUUUAGGCAGCCAAUCAUCGCCAAAACCUCCACCGUUGACGACAUCGUGCGCGCCAGUUGUGUCCUUCACAAUUUCCUUCGGCGCAGGGACGGCGUGUCGAACGACCGCCGAUAUAUCGAGGUCAACGACGUGGACCACGAUGACCGCGAUGGGAACGUGGUGCCUGGACCUUGGCGAGCGCACGGUGAGGCCAUGGGCCUGAGAGACGCGGGCCGUCUGGCCGCCAACACCUACACGCGCGCUGCUGCCAGUGCCCGCGACAAGCUCGCCGAGUACUUUGUGAGCGAGCAGGGGCGACUGCCGUGGCAGGAGGCCGUGGUGCGCCGUGGUGCUCGAGAGUGAACAGCGUCUACUUAUGGGCCAGCAUUCGUCCAUCUGUGCUGGCGAACCUAGUCGCCGGAAU